CACCGGCCCUGCUCGCCCGCACUUCCAUAAGAACUAACAACUAAAUAAUCACCUUAACUCAAACCUUUUAACCUUUUCGUUUCGUAACCGAGCUGAACGAUGGGUUCAACUGACUACAACACGAGCAGAGACUGUUGUUUUUCCCCUUUUUCAUUGUUCUUCUAAUAUUUCAUUUACAACUGUGUAGGCUUCGUGCUUCAUCAUGUUAUCGUGGUGGUAGUCAAUUUAAACAUCAUCACCCAACCCUGUCCAAUCGUAACCGUGGUUCGUCCAAGACAAGGGGGGGAUACAUAUGUGUGUGUGUGUGUGUGUGUGUGUGUGUGGAGGGGGGAGGGGGGCCCAAAAACCUAGCGUAUCGGUCACUCGUUCGUUCGUUUGUUCGUUCGCUCGUCUGCUUGCCCUGCCUGCCUUAAAAACAAGGGCGAACUCAAACCAAACCAAACCAGAGAGAAAAAAAAAGGAACGAAGAACCACCGUCGGCAGGGGAGGGGAGGGGAGGGGGCCAGCCAAUUGGCAGGGUCCCCACGUGCAGUCGCGCGUGGGUGGUGAGGAAAACCCUGAGAAGAGGGGGAGUAUGGCUGGAUGGGGCGAUGGGGAGGGAAAGGGUUCGGUUUACGCGUCAUCGGACGUUCUCUUGUUGUUGUCUUGGGAUGAUACUGGUAAUGUUGUAACACGCCAGGUGAUACUAAUUACCGAUUUCUUGAUCUAAAUGUGAAGGGAUUGGAUUUGGGUGAGUGUUGAUGAUGUCUUGUGUUUCAUCUUGCGUUGUGAACAAGUACCUAGGUAGAAUAGGAUGAUCAAUCGGCCUUUUCUUCCGAACCUCGAAAUCAGAA